CAUAAAAUAAUAAGGAUCCCAAAACGAACACACCAUGACACCUGACGUCGUCGCCUGAACCGUACGACGCUCCCAAACGAACGCACCAUGGUUGAGCGGGUUGAGCAAGCUGUCAAAUUUUUUCACUCGCGAUGCGUGUUCGAUCCUGUUUUGUUUGGCCGCAGUUUCAAAAGUUUUAAUCGAAAUGAAAUCGCGUGUGCUUGUGAAAAACCAAACUCCCGGCGUCAAAUCUGCCGGGUGACUGAUCCGGGAGGGAGAAGAAGAUUAGUGUCAGCAACUUUUGGAUCCUCAAUCGUCAACGAAUCAGAAGAGCUCCGGGAUGUAAAUAUCAGGCGUUUCAUGAAAUUUGGAGAUGGCGGAACCCCUCCUGCAGCAGCAGCAGAUGUUUGUCAUGGAGGCAUUUGCAACGGUGCGGAGCUAUUUGAUUACGGGACACGGAAGCUUGAUCAACGAAAUGAAGAAUUCAAAACAAAUCAAUCCGGAGUCUCCAGUCGACAAAAGGUACCGGCGGACAGACUGAACACACCACGGCAUCACCCACCCGAGGGGGAACAGGAACCGGUCUCGAUCGAGGGUUUCAAACGGAAUCGAAAGCGAAAGAAAACGUCGUGGAAGGAUUCCUUUUGGCGAUUUGCAAAAAGCUGAAGAAGGCGUUAACAAUUCAUGAACAAAUAAACAAAGUGGUUCAAUGUUGAAUAUAAAUAACAUACUAUGAAUAACAAUAAAACUACUGUAAAAUUUACUUUAUUUACUAUUUAUUUUAAUGUCCGAAAAUAGUUU